UCCGGUUCCGGAAUCUAGUUUGUUGUGGGCUGGCUCUUCGCUGCGGGCUGUUUCUUGAAGUCAGUUACUGAAGUCCGGCUGUGGGCCAGGGUCCCUCGUUUUCCGCCGCUGCAAUCAUGGCGGCCUCCACAGCAGCCGGGAAACAGCGGAUUCCUAAAGUGGCCAAGGUGAAAAACAAAGCGCCUGCAGAGGUACAGAUAACUGCUGAGCAGCUUCUAAGAGAAGCUAAAGAAAGAGAACUCGAGCUCCUCCCGCCUCCACCUCAGCAGAAGAUCACAGACGAAGAAGAAUUAGAGGAUUACAAACUACGGAAAAGGAAGACUUUUGAAGAUAACAUAAGAAAAAAUAGAACUGUGAUUAGCAACUGGAUAAAAUAUGCACAAUGGGAGGAAAGUCUAAAGGAGAUUCAAAGGGCUCGAUCCAUAUACGAGCGUGCUUUAGAUGUCGACUACCGGACUAUUCCACUCUGGCUGAAAUAUGCAGAAAUGGAAAUGAAGAACCGCCAGAUCAACCAUGCCCGAAAUAUCUGGGACCGUGCCGUAACAACUCUGCCACGAGUCGACCAGUUCUGGUACAAGUACACAUACAUGGAGGAGAUGUUGAACAAUCCUCCUGGUGCUCGGCAGGUGUUUGAACGCUGGAUGGAAUGGCAGCCUGAGGAGCAGGCCUGGCACUCCUAUAUCAACUUCGAGCUGAGAUACAAAGAGGUGGAGAAGGCCCGCACCAUUUAUGAACGCUUUGUGCUCGUGCAUCCUGCUGUGAAGAACUGGAUCAAGUAUGCUCGGUUUGAAGAGAAGCAUGCUUAUUUUGCUCAUGCUCGGAAAGUCUACGAGAGAGCGGUUGAGUUUUUUGGGGAUGAGCAUAUGGACGAACACCUGUAUGUGGCCUUUGCUAAAUUUGAGGAAAACCAGAAAGAAUUUGAAAGGGUACGGGUUAUCUACAGAUAUGCCCUGGAUAGGAUUCCAAAACAAGAAGCCCAAGAACUCUUUAAAAACUAUACCAUCUUUGAGAAGAAGUUUGGUGACCGGAGGGGUAUAGAAGAUAUCAUCGUGAGCAAGCGGAGAUUCCAGUAUGAAGAAGAAGUGAAGGCUAAUCCACACAAUUAUGAUGCAUGGUUUGAUUAUUUACGCUUGGUGGAAAGUGAUGCAGAAGCUGACACUGUUCGGGAAGUCUAUGAGAGAGCCAUUGCCAAUGUGCCACCCAUCCAGGAGAAGAGGCACUGGAAGCGCUACAUCUACCUCUGGAUUAACUAUGCACUCUAUGAAGAGCUGGAGGCCAAGGAUCCUGAGAGGACAAGACAGGUAUAUCAAGCAUCUUUGGAACUAAUUCCUCACAAAAAGUUCACAUUUGCCAAAAUGUGGUUAUAUUACGCACAGUUUGAAAUAAGACAGAAAAAUCUGCCAUUUGCCAGAAGAGCUCUGGGAACUUCCAUAGGCAAAUGUCCAAAGAACAAGUUAUUCAAAGGUUACAUAGAACUGGAACUACAGCUUCGAGAAUUUGACAGAUGCAGAAAGCUUUAUGAAAAGUUUUUGGAAUUUGGACCUGAAAAUUGUACAUCAUGGAUUAAGUUUGCAGAAUUAGAGACAAUCCUUGGUGAUAUUGAGAGAGCUCGGGCAAUAUAUGAAUUAGCCAUCAGCCAGCCACGCUUGGAUAUGCCAGAGGUACUUUGGAAAUCAUAUAUUGAUUUUGAGAUUGAGCAGGAAGAAACUGAGAGAACAAGAAACCUUUACCGACAGUUGCUUCAGCGAACACAGCACGUCAAGGUAUGGAUUAGUUUUGCUCAGUUUGAGUUAUCUUCUGGGAAAGAAGAAGGAAGUGUGGCUAAAUGCAGACAGAUUUAUGAAGAAGCUAACAAGACCAUGAGAAACUGUGAGGAAAAAGAAGAGAGGCUUAUGUUGCUGGAAUCCUGGCGAAAUUUUGAAGAUGAAUUUGGAACAGCAUCAGACAAGGAGAGAGUAGACAAACUCAUGCCAGAAAAGGUCAAGAAGAGAAGAAAGGUCCAGGCCGACGAUGGGUCUGAUGCCGGAUGGGUAGAAGUCUAUGACUACAUCUUUCCAGAGGAUGCUGCCAACCAGCCUAACCUCAAGCUUCUGGCGAUGGCCAAGCUUUGGAAGAAACAGCAACAGGAAAGAGAAGCUGUGGAACAGGAUCCAGAUAAGGACAUUGAUGAGAGUGAAGCCUCAUCUUUUUAAAUGUUGUAACUGCUUUUUAUAAAUCCAGUUUAGAGCUUUGACUUCUGGAUGUUUUUAUAUAUUUAACCAGUAAGGGGUUGUUUGACAUCUUUGAAUUAUCUUUUAAAAUGCUGCUGGAUUAACUAUGGGUGGGAAACUGCAAGUAAAGGAAUAUUUUUGGAAUGUGCUGAUAUCAGUCUUGUUCCAACCGCACACCUGUCCCUGCCACCUUUUUUAGCGUCAUGUGUGUGCUUCUCAGAAUUAAAUGGACUUGCACUAAUAAAAUCUCUAAAUAUCUGAA